AUGGCAGACCCUUCCACCUUCCCAAUAUACCCAGAUCUGAGAGGGCGAGUUGCUCUUAUCACAGGCAUUGGUCAAGUCGGCUCGACCGAAACCAAAACCUGGGGUAAUGGUGCCGCAACAGCCCGGCUUCUCUCUCACAACGGCGUCAGGAUCUUUGGCUGUGAUCUCAAGUUAGCUGCCGCAGAACGAACACAGACACGCUUGCUUGCCGAAAACAGUAAUGCGGAAUGUGCAGUUGUGAGCUGCGACGUAACAAAGCCUGAGGAAGUUGACAAAAUGGUGCAAGGUUGUCUGGAAAGGUACGGACGGAUCGAUAUUCUUGUCAACAAUGUGGGUAUGACGGCGCCAGGAGAUCCUGGUAGCAUGGACCUCGAAGCGUGGGAAAAGCAAAUCGAUCUAAAUCUCAAAUCAGUCUUUCUCUGCUGUCGUGCUGUUUUGCCAAUCAUGGAGAAGCAGGGCAGUGGCGUGGUUAUCAAUAAUGCUUCCAUCACAGCAAUGCGAUACAUUGGGAAGCCGCAAAUUGCGUACGCGAGCGCAAAGGCGGCUGUGUUGCAGUUCACAAAGGCGAGUGGUGUCAUGUAUGCACCGAGAGGUGUGAGAGUGAAUGCUGUCGUGCCUGGCUUGAUAUACAGCCCUCUUGUGGAGAAUUUGCUCAAUAGUGAGAAGGAGGAGGAUAGGGAAGUGGGCAGGAAGAUCAUGGAGCACAAUGUGCCCAUGGGGAGAAUGGGUACGCCGGAGGACGUUGCGAAUGCGGUGGUGUUCUUGUGUAGCGACGCUGCAAGGUAUAUCACAUCGCACGCCCUCGUCGUGGAUGGAGGGAUCACGAAUUCAACAGGGACUGGAAUGCCAUGA